UACUGAAACUAUUCUCAAAGUCAAGGGCCAAAGAUCAUUAGGAAGAAGGGAUCUUUAAAUGUACGUCUGCUUUCACGUUAUGGCUCAGCUAUCCAGUAGCAAUGGACUUAAACAGCGCUCAUCUCCUUCUUUGGGAACUGCAAGGACAAAAGAUGUGGACAAAGAAGAGGCAUUGCAGAUGGAAGCUGAGGCAUUAGCUAAGAUGCAAAAGGAAUGAGUGGUAAUUGGUAAUAAGCAAACUUCUGAAUCUUCAAGCAGCACCAGACAAAAAGCACAAACUCAUAAUAAACUGGACCAUGAUCUCAUGGCAUUUCCAGAGUCUGUUGCCAAAAAAAGGGUGGAAGAUAAACUAAGCACGGUUGAUGUUGAAUUAGAAAAAUUGCUGCUAGAUGAAAGUUUUGAAUCUAGUGACUUACCUGCAUUACCAGCAACUCCUGUUCUGAGCCCAUCAUUUUCUUCACCGUUUUAUAUUAGGCCUACUGGUCAAAGAGGACUGUGGACACCUGGGCUACCUGGGCCUGUGACUUGCACUUUACCCCCUCCUUAUCCAUCAGCUUCUUAUAGUAAACAAGCUGGCGUAUUUCAGAAUGGCUUCCACCUAAGCAUGUCCACCUAUCAAUCUACAGAACCUGUUUAUCUUAGUCUUCCAGGGCGGUCCCAGUACAUUUCAUACCCAUUGGUGACUACUAUUCCUUUCCAUCCACGAGGAAGCCUGCCCAUGUAUCCUCCAACACUGACCCCAGAAAUGGCAAAAGUAUUUGACAAAAUAGCCAGCACCUCAGAAUUCUUGAAAAAUGGGAAAUCCAGCACUGACUUAGAGAUGAGUGGUUUUAAGUCUGUAGUACCUAACCUGUCAACCUCAGAAAACUCCAGUGAUAUCAGUAAAUUUGAUUGGCUGGACUUGGAUCCUCUAAGUAAACCAAAAGUGGAUAAUGUGGAGUUCUUGUGUAAUGCAGAAGAUGAUGCAAAGGUGACAUUGAGUACAGUUGCAGAAGAUCCAUGGGAGGCUGUUCUUCUAGAAGAAAAAUUGCUAGUAACAUGUCAUUGUGAAAGAACAGUGAAUGGGAAAUCCACUUCUGGGGCAACUGUUACAAGAAGCCACUCUUUAAACAUUCGAGCAACUCAGCUUGCAAAAUUACAGGGCCAAACACCACAGCAAGACAAUGGGACCACUAGCCUGGCAACAGACAAUGUACUUCUCCAAGAUACUGAAGGGCAGAAUCAAGAGCUGGCAGCUUUUUGUCAAGCAGUUACAAAAUUGAGGACCAAGUUUCCCUAUAACAGCCAGGAUACAAAUCCAGGCUUUGUGCUGAGUCCAGUGAUGCUGCAAAGAAAUAUAAAUGGGGAGAAUGCCAGUAUCAAGGUUUCUAUAGAAAUUGAAGGAUUUCAACAGCCAGUAAUAUUUACAUGUGAUGUGAGCUCUCCUGUUGAGCUUAUAAUAAUGCAGGCACUUUGCUGGGUACAUGAUGACUUGAAUGAAGUGAACAUUAGCAGCUAUAUCUUGAAAGUCUGUGGUCAAGAAGAAGUUCUACAGAAUAAGCACUGUGUAGGAAGUCAUGAAUACAUUCAGAACUGUCGAAAAUGGGAUUCAGAGAUUAAACUGCAGCUCUUGACCCAUAGCGUAGUAUGCAGAGAUCUGGCACGAACAGAAGAAGAUGAUAGGACUCCUACAAAUUUAACAAAACACCUCCACAAAAUAGAAAACCCUUUCAGAGAAAUUAUUUCAAGGCAUUCUGUUGAGGAGCUCCUAAAAUCUUACCAUAUGCACACUGACAUGAUUCUUAAAAAUGAGAACCAACAUAAAGCAGUAGAUCAAGUAAUCAAGGUUGUAAGAAAAAUCUGUUACACAUUGGAUGGAGUAGAAACUCAAGCAAUAACAGACUCUGUAAAGAAGCUAAGGAGGGCUGUUAAUCUUCCAAGGCAUAAAAGCACUGAGGUGUCCUUAAAGCCUGGUGAUGAUACAAGCACCAGUUCAGCUGGUUCAUUGCAGCCUGAAAACCCUGUGCAAGUGAGCAUAGACCAGUUGACAGCAGCAGUCUAUGCCCUUCUUCACCUCCACUUAAACUCAGGCUGCAGUAGCAGUAAUUCUGCAACAAAAACCAGAAGCAUUAAGGAAGCAUGGACUGCUACAGAGCACCUGCAGUUCACAAUAUUUGCUGCUCAUGGAAUUCAUGCUGGUUGGGUGUCAAACUAUGAAAAAUAUUACUUGGUUUGCUCGCUGACCCAUAAUGGAAAAGAUCUGUUUAAACCUGUUCAAUCGAAGAAGGUUGGCACAUACAAAAAUUUCUUCUAUCUGAUUAAAUGGGAUGAACUAAUCAUUUUCCCCAUCCAGAUUUCACAGUUGCCAUUGGAAUCUGUCUUGUGUCUUACUCUGUUUGGAAUAUUAAAUCAAAGUAGUGGAAGUUCACCUGAUUCAAAUAAACAGAGAAAGGGACCAGAGAUGUUGGGUGAAGUUUCUUUACCUCUUUUCGAUUUUAGACGUUUGUUAACUUGCGGAACUAAGUUGUUACACCUUUGGACUUCAUCACAUGUGAUUCCUGCAUCAGCAACUACCCAUAAAAGAGGAAAUCUCAUGGAAAGAAUAGUACUGCAGGUUGAUUUUCCCUCUCUGGCUUUUGAUAUUGUAUACAAAGUGCCUCAAGCUGCAACCGGUUUGGUACAUCGUUCAGUAGAAACUUUGGAAAAAAAUGUAAAGGAGCGUCUUCUUGCUAUUCUUGCUAAAGAUGGCACCCUCGGGCUAUCAAAGGGAGAUAAAGAGUUUUUGUGGGAGAAGCGACAUUAUUGCCAUGGACAUGAAAACAGCCUUCCAAAAAUAUUAGCUAGUGCCCCACACUGGGACUGGGGAAGUCUGCCUGAGAUAUACUCACUGCUUCAGCAGUGGCCUCCACUACCUCCUUUGACUGCACUGGAACUACUAGAUUCAAAGUUUGCAGAUCAGAAAGUACGAACCACAGCUGUGAACUGGAUUGAGGCAAUAAGUGAUGAUGAGUUGACAGAUUUUCUUCCCCAAUUUGUGCAGGCAUUGAAGUAUGAAACCUACCUAGACAGCUCUUUAUUCAGAUUCAUUUUGACCCGGGCAUUAGGAAAUAUUCGAAUAGCACACUAUAUGUAUUGGCUUCUGAAGGAUACCCUACAUGAUGCAAAGUUUGGGGUAAAGUAUGAGCAUAUUCUUGGUGCCUUCCUCUCAGUCUGUGGGAAAGGGCUAAGGGAAGAGCUGGAGAAGCAGACCAGAAUGGUACAGCUUUUGGGAGUGAUAGCAGAAAAAGUAAAACAAACAAGUGGAUCUUCUAGACAGGUUGUCCUGCAAAGUGGUAUGGAACGUAUACAGUCCUUUUUCAUAAAGAAGAAAUGCCGUUUACCCCUCAAUCCCAGCCUUGUAGCAAAAGAAUUAAAUGUCAAGGCAUGUUCCUUCUUCAAUUCUAAUGCAGUACCACUAAAAGUUACAUUGGUGAAUGCAGAUCCUCUGGGAGAAGAAAUUAAUGUUAUGUUUAAAGUUGGAGAAGAUCUGCGACAAGAUAUGUUGGCUUUACAGAUGAUAAAGAUUAUGGACAAAAUCUGGCUGCAGGGGGGACUGGACCUGCGGAUGGUUCUCUUCAAGUGUCUCUCAACUGGAAAAGAUAGAGGAAUGGUGGAGCUUGUUCCAGCUUCAGAUACUCUUAGGAAAAUUCAAGUGGAAUAUGGAGUGACAGGAUCUUUUAAAGACAAGCCACUUGCAGAAUGGCUGCGAAAGUAUAAUCCUACAGAAGAAGAAUAUGAAAAGGCUUCAGAAAACUUCAUCUAUUCUUGUGCAGGAUGCUGUGUAGCCACUUACAUAUUGGGAAUCUGUGACCGUCACAAUGAUAACAUAAUGCUUCGAACCACGGGACAUAUGUUUCAUAUUGACUUUGGAAAGUUUUUGGGCCAUGCACAGAUGUUUGGUAGUUUUAAAAGGGAUCGAGCACCUUUUGUGCUAACAUCAGAUAUGGCCUAUGUCAUUAAUGGUGGUGAAAAAUCUACUAUUCGUUUUCAGUUGUUUGUGGAUCUCUGCUGCCAAGCUUACAAUUUGAUCAGAAAACAAGCAAACCUUUUCCUUAACCUGCUUUCACUGAUGCUUGCUUCCGGAUUACCAGAACUUACUGGAGUUCAAGACUUAAAAUAUGUCCAAGAUGCUCUUCAGCCCCAAACUACAGAUGCAGAAGCUACAAUUUUCUUUACAAGGCUGAUUGAAUCCAGUUUGGGAAGUGUUGCCACAAAGUUUAAUUUCUUCAUUCACAGUCUGGCUCACCUACGUUUUUCAGGCCUACCUUCCAAUGAUGAGCCCAUUCUCUCAUUUUCUCCCAAAACAUAUUCUCUUAGACAAGAUGGUCGAAUCAAGGAAGUGUCUGUGUUCACGUACCAAAAGAGGUACAACCCAGAUAAACAUUAUAUCUAUGCGGUCAGAGUCUUGAGAGAGGGGCAAGUUGAACCAACAUUUGUCUUCCGGACAUUUGAUGAGUUUCAGGAACUUCACAACAAACUCAGUAUUCGCUUUCCUCUUUGGAGGUUACCAGGCUUUCCUAAUAAGAUGGUUUUGGGAAGAACCCACAUAAAGGAUGUAGCAGCUAGAAGAAAAGUAGAGCUGAACAGCUACAUACAGAGUUUGAUGAACAGUUCAGCAGAGGUGUCUGAGUGUGACCUUGUUUAUACAUUUUUUCACCCUCUACUCCGUGAUGACAAAGCUGAAGGAAUAGAUGGAAUAGCUAAGCCUGCAGAUGCAAGUCCAUCAAGUCCUACCUCGGGCAAAGUAGGAGGAGAAGUAAAGUUGUGUAUCUCAUAUAGAAAUGGCACUCUGUUUAUCAUGGUGAUGCACAUAAAAGACCUGGUUACUGAAGAUGGUGCAGAUCCAAAUCCUUAUGUAAAAACAUACUUGCUUCCAGAUGCAAACAAAACAUCUAAAUGCAAAACCAGAAUCACACGAAAAACAAGGAACCCAACAUUCAAUGAAAUGCUUGUGUACAGUGGAUACAGUAAGGAGUCAUUAAAGCAGAAGGACCUACAGCUAAGUGUACUCAGCGCAGAAUCGUUGCGUGAGAACGUCUUCCUGGGUGGAGUUACACUGCCCCUAAAGGAUUUUAACUUGAGCAAGGAGACUGUUAACUGGUAUCGGCUGACGGCUGUACCACAUCUUAACCUCUACAGCAGACAAUAACAAAGUGAAACAACUCUGUUCACUUGUGCUUUGUGCAUUUUUUCUUACUUGAAAAUAACUGGAACAUUUUUAAAUGAGACAUGUGUUGGACCAACCUUCACCUAGCUGAAAUCACAGGAUUUCUAGAAACCACCUGUUUUAUUCGUAUGUGAUAAUAUCCAAGCAUUAAUGUAAAUUAAUUUUGUAAUCAUAGUACUUGCGGGUAACUAAGUUUUAAAUCAUGCCUGGAAUAUUCAGAUAGUUUAUUCUGGCUUUACUGUAUCAAUUCAACCACAUUUUAAUCACUUGCCCUGUGGAUGUAGUACAACUAUUCUUUUGUUAUCUGUGUUACAUUAUAUAUGGCAAGUUGCUGUAGAAUGUCAGAGGAAAGAUUGGGGGGGUAAUGGUGACAUACCGACUAUUCACCAUUCAUUGGUGCAGCAGUGAUCGGUAAAAUAUCAGUGGUUGCACAAACUGUCAGAUUUGCAAUUAGAUAGAACAACUAGAAAAAUGUUUCGUUAAAUGCUUCUGAAACAUUUAUCUGAAUGAGUGCCCAUAAUGGAAGUUGUACAUAGUGGUGCCUUACCUUUUAAUGCAAAUACUACUUAUACCUCGUUUCUGAAAUUUAAAAAUAUUUACCUGUUAGCCAGGUUUAACAAGCUCUUGUUUUCUAGAUGUAGUUUGAGUUUUAUACCAGCUAUCUGAGUAAGAUUAGUCAAUCAGUUUAAGUGAAAUCCUCUGUGCAAGUCAUUGAUUUACAAACUUUGAAGACAGGUUGCUUCUGGUAGCAUGUGUAUGUGUGGUCUUCCAGAAUUUUAAAACCCUUCUUAAUAUUAAUGAUUUCAGCAGUGCAGUCAGCAAAUGCAUUAGCCAUUAAUCUAGCAACUUGAAUUCAACUAUCAGGUCCCAAAUGGUAUUUGCACAUGAGAAAAUACCCUACCCUACAACUUCAGUAAUUGAUUUCCCCUAUUUGAAAAACAUAGGACUGCAACAGCAGAUACGUUCCAGGUCAGAAAUUAUUUGCAUUGCAGAUAUACUUGGCUGAGACUAGUAUUGUCAGUUCCUCACCUCUUGUAAAAAUAGCUCUAUUGAUAAAUUUUUAUUCAUGUAUAUGAUACAGUAUGUAAAAUAUCAUAGGGUACAAAUACAAUUGACUAUCUCGUAUAUGAGAGUAGUUACUGAGUGUGGCUGCAUUAUAUAUGUAUAGAUUUCUGAUUCACCUAACAGUUUAAUGAAGACCAUAGUCAUUUCUUUUUGAAUAAAGCCGUGUGAAGACUGUGUAAAUCGCACAAUAUAGUUUUUAGCACUAUUUUAGAAACACACUUUUAGUGAAGGCUGAUAGUGAUAAACUACAGUACUGAUUGUCACUAGCAAGGAAAGUAAAAUAUGCAGUGAAGAAGAGAUGGGACACAAAACUGACAAUCUAUUUUAUUUGCUCUUUAGAUUCCACACACCCACAUACACGCACACAAGUAGAAUGAGCACACCUCUUUCUUACCCAGAAGAGCAAAGUACAAUUGAAAGAUAACACUUAAAUCUUUGGUGCCUAAAACAUUCAUUGUCCAAUUUCUUAGGCAAAAUUACAAUACAUCUCAGAAUGUCUUUCUGAAUGUUAAACUCAGUUGUGACUAAUGGGAGCUGGUUAAAAUAAAAUCCAAAAUCCCAGUUUUAUUAGCUAUCCUGUGCAUAAUUUUUCAUUUGGUAUAUAGCAUGUAAAUAGUAACAUAGUAUAUAUAACUAACUAGAUUUUAUUUCCUGCUCACUUGAUGCUUUUGAGACUUAUUCCAUUCCAUCAUCAAAACCACAAGUCACUUAGACACAGGAAAGUAGACUACUGUUUUUGUGAAACGUUCCAUUGUUAAAUAAAUUGAAAGCAAUACAUACUGCCUUUUUGCAGUGUUAUUACAGCACAGUGUCUUACAGCACAAAAUGUAAGUAGAAAUCUAAUGCUCUUUUUAAAUGAUUUUGUAACAGUUGUCUGGUCUUUGAUUAGAAAAUAUAUCGUACUGUAUGAUUGCAUUUGUCCUGACCUCUGGUUAAUAGCGUUCUUCAUAGCUCAACUGAUUUCUGUGCCUUUCGCUCCCUUUUACAAAACUCACGUCAGCUAAAGCUUUUUAGGCUCAUAAUUUUGUCUGUAAAAUCUAGUCUUGGGUCCUCACCAAAAUAUUAAGAGGAACAGCACUGAGUUUGCAGCUCUUUGCACUAUUCUUGGUGGGUUAUAAAAAAAUCAGUGGUCAAUAUUUUUGAUAAAUUGUUAAUCUUUUAUUAAAGGAGAAAUAAAAGUGUGAAAGGGGAACAUAUUAAAAUUGGGAAAUUUGCCAGUACACUCAUUUGGUGUUCCAAAACAAAUAUAGUCUCAACAGAGUUUUAUACCUUAUUGGAUCUAGUAAAAAGAUUGCAUUUUAUGCAACAUAUGUGGCCUGCAGCCAGAAAUAGAAUUGUCUCUAAGGAGCAUAUGUUUUGAUAUUUGAAAAUAACAGCUUGCUAUAAGAACAGUUACCACCUCAUUUUCUCUACUAAAUAACCUAACCUAGGUUGCACUGAUGUUUUUAUUACUGCCUUUUUAUGAUCUAUGAGUACCUAUAUGCAGAGGCAUGUGCAAUCUUUGAUAAAAAGUUCUCAUUUCUCUAUUUUUAAAAAAGGUUGUGUUGAUAUCUCAGUAUUUUGCCUUAAAGUAAUUGCUCUUUCUAGGAUUCUAAUGAUUUUUUUUCAAAUUAAUCUUAUUUCUGGUAUUGCAGGAUAUGCAUGUUACAUAGAAGGGGAAAAUGUUUGAGCAAUAUUGCACCAUUCUUGUAAUCCACGGGAAAUUAAUGUCCUUGUAUUUACUCUCAAACUGUGAUCAAACUAGUGUAAAUAUUUCAGAUGGUAACGCUCAUGGGGAGCAGAUAUGGUUGUUUGCCUCACACUGUCCACACAUCUGUAAGAACCAAAUAUUUCAAUUAUUAUACUGAUAGCUAAUAAAAAUGUACAAUAUUGCCAUCAAAACCCUGCCUGUAAUUAAUGGGUUAAACAUGACUCCAUAACUGUCCUACAAUUACAUUAAAUACUAUUCUGGGAUAAAGAACUUCUGCUGUCU